AUGCACCGGAGAGGCACAGCUGAUGCCCCCACAGUAGCAUCACAUCUGCAGCCACAGCUGGAGCCUGCACAGGUGGCAAUUGCCUCCAACGGCAGGAAGUUGAAAGCAAUAUACAGGUGCCAGCCAGGUCGUCUCUGGGUCUUCUUCAGCCUCCUCAUCUUCCUCUUGUUCACGCUUCAAGUCGUGGAGAAGCUGCAGCCUCCCAGAAACUGCCACUGCAAGCUGGAGCAUGCCCUGCAGCAGACCGCGGACCAUGGCCAGAAGCAGCUCGGCUAUGCCCUCCAGACCCCUCACCAGCUGUGGGAGGACGAUCCCCCGCAUGGGCAGAGGAAAGCCAUGCUAGACCCCACUUCAACUGAGAGCGUGCAGGACGUUUUCCAGAUGCAUCUGUACUUCAGCCAGGAGACACCCCUGGAAAGCAGCCCAAGCAGCCAAAAGGAGCACUGGACGUGGCAGCCUGUGGAGAGCAACAGGAAGGCAGAGGGCUUUUACAAGACAGACCUGGAGAUAGGACUUUUCCCAAGCCAGACAGAAGUCUCUAAGGUUAAGCAGGUGACACGUGAAGAAGACCAGAAGGACAGAGGAGUCUCCUCUCGAGCGGAGACAUGUAAGCCCAAGACUGACAUUGUUUUCCUAAAAGUCCACAAGAGCGCCAGCAGCACUGUCAUGAACAUCCUCUUCCGCUUCGGUGAGACACAUAACCUCACCUUCGCCUUCCCCAUUGGGGGCGGCAACCAGCUCUUCUACCCACGCCACUUCUUGGCGAGCUUCGUGCAGGGCUUCUCCCCGAGGAGCCCUCAGCGGUUCAACAUCCUCUGCCACCACAUGCGAUUUCUGCAGCCGGAGGUGCAGAAAGUGGUGUCCAGCUCAGCCAUCUACUUCUCCAUUCUGAGGAACCCUGUGCAGCUCAUGGAGUCCUCCUUCAUGUACUACAAGGGCACGUCAGCUUUCUCCCGCGCUCGCAGCUUGGAGGAGUUCCUCAGCCAGCCCUACAGCUACUACAACCCCUCAAAGGGUGACAGCCACUAUGCCAGGAACCUCAUGACAUUCGACUUUGGCUUCAACCCCGAUGGAGAGGUCUCCGCUGAGCGGGUGCAACUCAUGCUGAAGGCUAUCGAGGCAUCCUUUGACUUACUCCUCAUCUCUGAGUACUUUGACGAGUCCAUGGUGCUGCUGAAGGAGAUGCUGUGCUGGGACCUGGACAGCAUCGUCUCCUUCCCGCUCAACAGCAGGGACAGCAGCACCAAGUCCCCCCUCCCAGACACUAUUGUGGAGAAGAUAAAGAACUGGAACAGGCUGGACUGGGAAAUCUACACCCACUUCAACAGGACCUUCUGGGAAAGGAUUGACCAAGACUUUGGCAGGGAGCGCAUGCAGCGGGAAGUAAAGGUGCUUCAGGAGAGGCAGACAGAGCUGGCAAGGACCUGCCUGCAAGGUAUGGGCAGCGUGGCCCCGAAGGACAUCAAGGACUCUUCCCUGCGGCCACUGCAGCAUGGCAGCGCAAAGAUCUUGGGCUAUAACCUCAAGCAGGGCUUGGACAAGGAGACAGAGCACAUGUGCCGGCGGCUGGUAACCCCAGAGCUGCAGUACAGCAGCACUCUCUACAAGAAGCAGUUUUCCCAGAAGCACCCCCAGACCGCUCCCUCUCAGCACAGGCCAGAGGGCACCCAGAACUGA